GUGCCGAACGUACAACAAGGGAUUUUACACAGCUACUCAGGAGAAACGAAAUGAUCUGCCUUGGAGCCGCAGCAAAAUGCUGGAUGGACAGCUACUCCUGGGAUGGUUAUCGUUCACAGUUAUAGUGUACCUCUUCAACUUGCCCGGACCGACCACAGCGUAUUUCGGAUUGACAGGUAAUGAACCCCUGUCCAUUCUACCGCUGAGCUCUCAACCUGAGGAGAACGUGGGAAGGGCCCACUACAAGCUGUGUGACCGGCUCAAACUGGAGAAGAAACAGAGGCGGAUGUGUCGACGGGACCCGGGCGUGGCCGAGACCCUCAUGGAGGCCAUCAGCAUGAGUGCCCUGGAGUGCCAGUACCAGUUCCGCUUUGAGAGGUGGAACUGCACCUUAGAGGGGCGCUACAGAGCCAACCUUUUGAAAAGAGGUUUUAAGGAGACAGCCUUCCUGUAUGCCGUCUCCUCGGCAGGCCUGACUCACGCCAUGGCCAAGGCUUGUAGCGCCGGGCGGAUGGAGCGUUGCACCUGCGAUGAAGCCCCAGACCUGGAGAACCGCAAGGCCUGGCAGUGGGGCGGCUGUGGUGACAACCUGAAGUACAGCAACAAGUUUGUCAAGGACUUCCUGGGCAAACGCUCCAACAAGGACCUGCGUGCCCGCGUGGACAUGCACAACAGUAACGUGGGCAUGAAGGUGAUCAAAGCAGGGGUGGAGACCACCUGCAAAUGCCAUGGCGUCUCGGGCUCCUGCACCGUCCAGACGUGCUGGAGGCAGCUCUCGCCCUUCCACGAGAUCGGCAAGCAGCUGAAACAGCGCUACGAGACCUCACUGAAGGUGGGCAGCUCCACCAACGAGGCCACGGGGGAGGGGGAAAUCUCCCAGGCCCGGCCCCAGCAGCAGCAGAACCCCUCAACGGGCCCCAGCAACGACCCGAUCCCACGCACCAUGGACCUGCUCCACAUCGAGGACUCGCCCAGCUUCUGCCGGCCCAGCAAGUACUCGCCAGGCACCUCGGCCAGGAAGUGCUACAAGGACAAGAACUGCGACGCCAUAUGCUGCGGCAGGGGCCACAACACCCAGAGCCGCGUGGUGACCCGGCCAUGCCAGUGUCAGGUGCGCUGGUGCUGCUACGUCGAAUGCAAGCAGUGCACGCAGAGAGAAGAGGUCUACACCUGUAAAGGUUAGCCCAGUCUUAGCUUCCUGCUCGCCCCUUGCCUCUGACCGGACUCAGCAAGUGGAGGGUGGUUGU